AUGGGUAGCUGCCUGUCGUCCAGAAGUGCUCAAGUAGAUACAACUGGUCAAAAUCGACCAUUAACAUCGGAUCCGGAACCAGAACCUGUCAGUGAGGAAGAGGAAGAAAACGGCUCUGAUUUCCUGAUGGAAUCAGAAAGCGCUGAUAAUGAUGAGGUCAAGGUUGAUAAAAUAUUAUCCUCCUAUCCAAACGCUGCUCCAAUCGAUGAUAAAUCCAAACUGAAAAGGGGGACGGAGAUUAAAUGGACAGCUCAGAUAGAUGACGACGUUGGUGACGUUGUUGCCACCGAGUCAGAUAUGCCAGCAAUACGUACACAAAAGGACGUCGACAGACAUGCGCGGCAGGCGCCUGCUGAAUUAAAUAGCAGCUUCAAUGACCUUAUAAACUACCUUACUGGUGACCUUGACCAGUCAGAGCGACCUGAGGUGUUCAGGGCUAGAGCACUGAUGGUAUGGCUUAGUGUCCAGGAUGUUGACUCCGACCAUGUGAAACGUAAAGACGGGAACACUGAAACACCUGAGGGAUACCUUACACUUUUAGCACAGAGUAGAACUACAUAUUCCACAUUUUUCUUGGUGCUUUGCAGAAAGGCAAACAUACAAUGCACGCAAAUCGAAGGAAUAUGUAAAGCGGGAAAUUACCAACCGGGAGAUAGGAAUCUAGGAAAUGUCAACUGUGUAUGGAAUGCUAUUUAUGUGGAGGAAGCAUGGCAUAUUGUUCAUCCAUUCUGGAUAUGUAGAUGCAUUGUGGGUAAAACCGUUGGCGGUUGGAUCAAACUUGAAGCAGAUGGUAAAGCCAUCGGUCGAAAGGAGAAAGAAUUAAUUGGAGUGAUGAAAAAUGCAUUUGAAGAAUAUUACUUCAUGACCAAUCCUGCUGAAUUAGUUUAUAUGUGUCACCCUUCUGAAGAAAGAUGGCAGCUUUUGGAGAAAACUAUAACACAGCAGCAGUUUUUGGAUCAGGCUUACGUUCUCCCACCAUUUUUUGGAUUAGGCAUGGUCAUGAAAUCAAGAGACGCAUGUGUUUAUGAAGCCAAGAAUGGAGAAGUAAAAAUCGAUAUAGAGGCUCCAGCGAAAAAUGCAAAUGCCAUCAAUAUGUGGUACGAAUUUUUGUUGAAGGAAGGGAGUAACGAAAAAAGCCUAGAGGAGCAAUUCCUGCUUUCGAUGGAAUCAAUGCCUAGGCUGGUUGCAAUGCUCAGAUGCGGCGAAAGAUGGAAGAUCCGAGUCCGUUUCCCAAUAGAAGGAACGUACAAAUUACGAUUAUAUGGUGCACCUAAUAAGACACCGCUCCUUCUCCUUGGGGAGUUUAGACUCGAUUGUACAUCACGCCGAAAAGAAUGCAUACCUCUGCCAAUAGACCCAAAGGUAGUAGGAUUUGGACCCGGACCAGCUGCUGAUGUGUCUGGUCUACUAUUUCCGUCGCAUAGAAAUGGAAUAUAUCCGCUUUCCAAGAACAAGGAAAUGAGAUUCACGUUCCACCUCGAAGAAGAGGCUUCAAAAUCUGUACAAGUGACAACCGAUCUCAUCACGUCAAAAUAUGUCAAAGGCAAAGGGCAGUUUGAACAACAUUCUUUAAAAUCAUCAGUCAAAACCGUUGUAAACAGGAGAAAGAGGGAGCUAUCAAUCACAUUUGCAAUCGCUGAAAACGGGGAGUAUGCUCUUACAAUUUCUACGACAAAAACGGUAUCAUCAGCUUCAUACAGGAACGUCUGCAACUAUCUCGUGUCAUCUGAUACAACUGCAGACAAAGAGACCACACUUCGAGCGGGUCAUUGA